ACAACAUAUUAUUCUACCUUUGCUUUCUUCUCGUUGCUUUUGGCGCUUAGAGAUUUAUUCUCAUUGCUCGACGUCAAUCACAUUUAUCAGAUCCCGAUUUCUUCCGUCUAUUUGAUUUAUCUAUAUACACAUAUAUAUUUACCGCCUCUUUCCUACCUCCUGGUGGCACACUCCCCUCCUCCUCCUUCUCUUCCUCCGAGCGUCUCGCCGGCAUCUGCUUGUCCACGCCCCACUUCCUCCGCUUCAACAAAGGCCAACAAGCCCCUAUCCGUUUGCCGAUUCGACCGUCUCGACUAGUCGGAGAUCGCGCUUCCGGUGUCCUCCACCUCUACCGCUCCGACUGCAGUUUUUAUUUCUCGUGGGCGCCGUUCGACCUUCUUUUCCCUUGAACAGCUGUGUCCCUGAGAGGCUGCACGCCGUAUCUUUUCCUUCCCCGCAGCAGCAACCAUGUCGACUCCUACCAGUCCCGUGGAGCACAAGCUCCCUCAGCGUUCGGGGACCGUCACUAGCGCCAUGACUCGUCGGACUUCCAUGAGUGAUGACGAGGCCAUUCCCGGCUCCGAUAGCAACGAGACCACGAACCUCCUCCUCGAGCGUCUCCGUGCCUGGAAGCACAUGUGUGGAUAUUUGGAAGAUUAUGUGUCUGCGACGGCCAAGGUGUCCAAGUCGCAAGCCAAGGAUUUCGAGAAGGUUUUGAAGACUGUGAACGAACCUCUGCGGGAAAGUCAUCAUUUCUCCCAGAGCGCCGGCGGCGUUUCUUCUUGGUUUGAGAACAUCCGCGCCAACACCCAGGGCAUGGUGAACCUGUACCUGGACUCUGAGAGGAACCUCAAGGGUUCCGUGCUUCCGACCUUGGAGCGUCUUCACAAGGAAAUCAAGGCCAAGUCGAAGGAAUUGCAGAAUGGCGCUGCAAAGGGUGCUAAGGCUGUCGACAAGGCUCGUGGUGUCACUCAGAAGCACAUUGAACUCCUCGCCCAGCACACGGCUACACUUGACGCUGCGUCCCAUAACAAGAUCGACACCGCCCAUGAUCCUUACAUUCUCCGUCGAGGUGUCACCCACCGCCUGAACAAGCAGGUUAUCGAGGAGAACAACAACCGUCAGGACCUCAUCGCCGUGCAGAACAACUUCCAGCAGUUCGAGGCUCAUGUCCUGCAGACCGUCCAGGGCGCUAUGGAGCAGUUUGUCGUCUACAUGGGCGGUCAGCUUGACCGUCACCGCGCCAUGUACACGGACAUUCUGUCCUCGGCGCAAAAGGUCCCUCCGGAUUUCGAAUGGGUCAACUUCAUGACCAGAAACGACCACAUCCUCGUCAACCCCGACGCACCGCCGCGCUCCCUCUCUAACAUCACCUUCCCUAACCAGGAGCACCGCGCCACCAAGCCCUUGAUCGAGGGUACUCUGGAGCGCAAGUCCCGCGCCAUGCUCAAGGGCUACAGCAGCGGCUUCUACGUCGUGACACCUGCCCGCUACCUCCACGAGUUCAAGGACAACGACGAUCUCCGCCGCGACCCCGCUCCCGAACUCUCCCUCUACCUGCCCGACUGCAUCAUUGGCGCCAUCGACGGCUCCAAGUUCAGCGUCAAGGGCAAGGACGUCUCCAGCGGCAAGGUCGGAAAUGCCUUCCACACCAACACCGAGCUGAGCUUCAAGGCCGCCAACUCGAACGAGGCCGAGAAGUGGUGGACCGUCAUCAAGGACGCCACUCGCGCUCCGACUUUCUCUUCUAGCACCGCCACCUCGCCAACCAGCCCUGUUGCGGCCGAGAGCUCUCAGCCGCCCGCCUAUGUCGAGAAGGAGCCCGCUUCUGCUCAGCAGGAACCCACCGCUCAGUCGCCGGCCACUCCGGCUGCUGUCUCUCGUACCAACACUAGCGGCUCCGGCACUCUCCCCACCGCUUCUAGUGCCGCGGCACCUCCUGUGACCACUGCUACGGAGGAUAAGGCGUGAUAACUAUCUAUUCUUCUUGGUGUAUAUGCAACUAACUUACUUAACUACCCGUAUAAUACUCCCUUUGCUGUAUGCAAUCGCUAUUCUGAGCUUGAUCUUUUGGCUUCCUAUUCUCUUCAUCCAUUCUUGCGUAAUCGAUAGUAUGUAUAGCACUUGGUAUACCUCUUUCUACGUCUAUAUGGUGAGCUCGUUUAUGGAAAUAUGUCUGCUUCAGCUGAUUGUACGUAAGUCGUCGGUUCCUGCGACAAAGUGCCACCAAAAGCAGCUUAUUCAUCUAUAGUCGCUGCUAGUUUUGAGUUUGCGCUUCGGUGUCUAUACCCUUUUCCUUACGAAUCUUCCUCAUUACUUGUGAUCUUGACAUGGAAUGUAAUACAGAAUGAACAAGCUAGUGUCUUUACUUGAUUCAUCCACGCGCAUGUGUUUCUGUAUGUGUAAGUCGUCUUCAAAAAUA